AUGCAAAACACCCUAAAACAGAUCAAAGGAAUUUCUCCACACAACAAUAUAAUUGUCACAUAACAACCCACACAGUAGUAGCCCUAACCUUGGCCGAAUAGUUUAGUUUUGGGAUAGCAGCAGGAAUUGUCGACGAAUUAAGGCAAUAAUAACAUUGUUUUAAAUAAUAAUCUUCCAAGUAACAACAACAAUAAUCUAGUUAACAAUAAUAAUUAAAUGCAAAUAGAAGAGCCCGCAGCUGCAUCAAUAUUAGAUACAAGUAAGUUAUAAGGAAUGGUUUUGGGAGAGUAGUAUUAAUUGAUUGAGAAGUUAGGUAGUGGCGCUUUUGGUGUCAUUUAUAAAACAAAAGAUCUGAAGGAGGAUGGCGUUUUUUAUGGCUGCAAAGUAGAAAGAGCUGACGCCAAGCAUCCUCAAAUUAUUUAUGAAGCCAGAUUAUAUAACUAUUUGCACAAUAAUCCGAAUAAGCCAGCUAUUGGCAUACCUAAAUGCUACCACUUUGAUAAGCAAGGCAAUUAUAAUUUUAUGAUUAUGGAUUUGUUGGGAAGCUCUUUGGAGCAGCUUUUUUGUUAAUGUUAAAGAUAAUUCCAUUUAAAAACGGUUCUCAUGCUCGCAGAUUAGAUGAUCUAGCGAGUUGAGUACCUCCACAAUCGAAAUUUUCUUCAUAGAGACAUCAAGCCUGAUAACUUUCUCAUGGGUUUGGGCAAAAGAGAAGGUAGAGUAUAUAUGAUUGAUUUCGGCUUAGCCAAAAGAUAUAUUAGAGACAGCGAACAUAUUUAGUAUAGAGAUGGUAAAAAUUUAACAGGUACUGCUAGAUAUGCUUCAACAAAUACGCAUAAGGGAAUAGAGCAAUCUAGGAGAGACGAUUUAGAAAGUCUCGCGUAUGUUUUUCUCUACUUUCUUAAGGGCUAAUUGCCUUGGUAAAAUAUUAGGGCAAAAGAUAAGAAGGAAAAAUAUGAAAAGAUUAAAAAUAAAAAGGAAUCUACUUCAGUAGAUGAAUUAUGUUUUGGAUUACCUUCAGAAUUUGCAUGGUUUCUCAGUUAUGCAAAAUCUCUUUAAUUCACAGAUAAGCCUGAUUAUGCUAAGUGUAGAAAUGUUUUUAAAGAACUCAUGCUAAAAAAUGGAUUUGAGUAUGAUUAAAUGUGGGAUUGGAAAAUUAAAGACCAGAAAAAUAUUGCAAUAAUUAAAAAUUCUCCGACAUUAAACUCAGCUAAUGUUAUCAGUAACAAUAAUAAUGCAGCUGCAAUUGCAGUAGCUGGAAAUUUGAAUCCUAAUAUUGCUGUUAAUGUAAAUUCAAACGGAAAUGGAAAUAAUUUGUUACUGUUAAAUAAAAAAGUGCAUUAACAACAACAGCAGCAACAAAGUAAUACUGUAAAUAAUAAUUAAAAUGCUAUUUAAAAUGGUAGAAACUAAAUAUCUCCAUAAUAGCUAAUAUAGCAACAACCUGAAUAUCCAUCUUAGCCAUAAAACGCCAAUUAGAUAUUAAUGAAUUCUUCUUAAAAUCAGAUUCUAAUGAAUUCUUCUCAAAAUUAAAUCUUAAUGAAUUCCUCAUAAAAUUAGACUUAAAUUCUAAAUCCUUCUUUAAAUCCAUCAUCUUUGUAGCAUUAGUAACAACAGCCAAAUUCUCUUAACUUAAUUAAUUAGUAGCAAACUAUAUAGAGAGUUAAAUAUUAUUAAAACAACAAUAACACUGGAUUAAAUAUAAGCCAAGAUAACAUCAAUAAUCCCAUUAAUGCUGCUUCUAAUUUUUAAAGAACUUCUCAUUUUCAAUAGUCUCCAUAACCAUAAUAGAUAUAAUAAAAUCAAAUAAAUUAGCAUUCCCCUCAGUAAUACCACUAGUAUUCCUAGUAAAAAUACAAUUUAGUCAAUGAAAUGAAUUACAAGCAAGAAAAUCUACCCAAUCCUUCAUAUUUGUAAAAUAAUAUAGCAAUAGCUACUCAACAGCAGCUAAGUAAUAGCCAAUAUUUAAAUUAACAAAAAUAGAUUUAUAUGAAUAGCAGCGGGAACAACAACAUCAUAAAUAGUAGCAAUAAUGGCACAAAUAAUAAUGGUGUCUCUAAUUAAAAUAAUUUAUAAUAGCAAAAUUAAUACUAUUUUGAUAACAAUCCUUCUCUCUUGAAUUACUUAAAUAAUGCUCAAUAUCUUUAAUAAUAACAACAACAACAAUAAUAGUAGUAAUAAUAAUAAUAGUAAUAGUAAUAAUAAUAGCAACAAUAGUAAUCCCAACAUCAAGUUUAGGUACCUAAUUAAGAGCAUUUCAUUUAUGCAAAUAGUAAAUAGCCUGUUCAAAGUAAUGCGAAUGCAAAUAUUUAAAGCAGCUAAAACGGCAUAUAAAAUAUUCUCAACAGUUCAAAUUAAAUAAUUUUAACUGAUGCUUAGUAGCAACAACUCAUUUAUCAGUAAUAGUAAUAUUUAGAAUCUUAGAACUAGCGAGGAGGAGUAAACAUAAAGAUGAAAAAUACUGCUUAAUUGCCAAUAAACCAAUAAACAACUUCUGCUUUAGCAAAAUAAGGUAAUUCAAUAAUUAAUAACAAUUACUACAACAACUAUUUACUUUAGUAAAUGCAGCAAUAGUAGCAGUAGUAAUAAUAGCAACAAUAACAACAGCAGUAAGGCAACUUGGGUAAAAGUGGCUAUUUUGGUAGUCCUAAUAUAAAUAUAAAUAGUGCUCCAAACAAUAUAAUUAGUAAUCCAGCAUAAAAUAUGAAUAGCAAUAGUCUAAACAAUAGCAAUAUUAGUAAUAGCAACCAAUAAUUUAUCUAUAAUAAUCAACCCUAGCCUGUGUCUAGCAUUUAAGCAAACAAUGCAAUGUAAAAUUAUUUUAAUACUCCUAAUUUUAGCUAAUAAUAGAUAGUGAUGAAUCAAAAUACCAACCCAAAUAAUUUUGUAGCUAACAUAGUGAAUAAUAGAAACAUUAGUAGAGAAAACAAUAACUUAAAUAAUUCCAAUAAUAUUAAUGUUAAUUAUUAAAACUACUCUAAAUUAUAAUGA